AUACAUAUCGCGUACUAACCCAGAGAUAUAACGACUUGGGGGGUUAAAACAAGGGGUGUGAAUCGCAUGUCAACAAUCCGAGCAGUUGCUGCUGGUCGAUCGAACAGAACUGACGGUCCGCGAGGUUGAUAAAAGCAGAGUCGCGGUGUACGAAAGAGAGCACGACAAAACAAUUUCAAAGAAGAAUGCGGUUACGCACCGCGGGAGCUAUAAUAGUCGGAGAGCGAGCAAGUAUAGCAAGCAGUUGGCCCCCCGUGUAUCGAUCAGCUGGCGCACACCGACUACACACCGGAGGCUAUAGUGCAGGUACUGGUCGUGCAGAGCGGCAGAGGGGAGUCUCUCACGCUGUGUUGCGCAUGCAUCGGAAACGGCGCGGCGCUGGUAGCAGCAGGCAGCUGGCCCUCCGUGCCCCGGUUGCCGCAGCAGCGAGCAAGUGUAUACGCGCAGCUCCGCUCGAGGAUGGCCGACCAAGAGCUCGAAUACCACUGGACCUUACCGGCGUCCAACGGCUCGGUCGCUAACGCUCGAGGCGGCGGCGACGGCGACAACGACGGUGACGACGACGACGACGACGACGACGACGACGACGAGCCAAGAAUCGUCAGCGAGGAGUUCGUGUUCGUCUACGAGGAGGACAAGCGACCGGUGGUCGUGCUGCUGGGAUGGGCCGGCUGCCAAGACAAGUAUCUCGCCAAGUACAGUGCUAUCUACGAAGAGAGGAGCUGUAUAACACUGCGAUGUACGGCGCCGGUGGAAUAUCUAUUUUGGCGUCGAGACCGGCUACCACGCAUCAGCAAGAAACUGAUACAAGUGAUAACCGAGAAAUGUUCGGCCGAACAUCCAGUCUUCUUUCACGUGUUCAGCAAUGGUGGAGCAAUCUUUUAUCAACACAUUAGCUAUGCCAUGCAGCAAGCCGGUUCACCGCUCAAGCAGGUAAAAGGUGUGGUCUUCGACAGUUCUCCAGGAGAAAGAAGAAUAAUGAGCUUGUACAGAGCGAUUAGUGCAAUCAUAGGAGGACAUCCGCUGACUAAUAUGCCGAUAUCGUUCAUGAUCACAUUUUUCCUCUCAUUCAUCUGGUUAUUCGAGAUAUUGGCUCAAUCGUUUGGCAAAGGUAACGCGACGAAUACAGAUCCUACAGCGUUGACCAAAGAAACGUACUCGUGGCCGCAAAUAUUUCUCUACUCGAAUGCCGAUACAUUGAUCCGUGCAAGUGAUGUUGAAAAAUUUGCAAUGAAACGAGCCGAGCGAGGGGUACGCACACAGCUGGUCCUGUUUACGGAUUCACCCCAUGUCAAACAUUACGCGACCUACCGUGACGUUUACGUGAGUACAGUGUGUAAUUUCAUCAAUGAAUGUUUGACAGAGUCCAUCGACCAGGAAGCUAAUGAAAACAACGAUGCCGAUGAGAACGAUUCGUUACUCAAUCUUACCAAAAGGAUCGUAAUACCUCAGGAUGUGGCCAAGCAGUGAGAUUCGACAGAUAGUACAAAUAUGUUUUACAUUAAUACUUUCGGACGAAGAUAAGUGUUAUCUUCUCGAAAUCGAGUUUACUUUCUUUAUUCCGAAUGUUGUCUGAGUAAGAUAUUACUUUUGUUUUUUUGAGAGGUACGCGGAAUAUCUUAUCAUUAAUUAAUUAAAAAAACGAUUACAUUCAUUACGAACAUUACCGAAGGUUCAAUUAUCCGUAUCUUUUCUCUCUUGUAAAUUAUUUAGUACUUAUAUCGAUUGAAAGCAUUUAUUUUGAAUUGCAUUUUGAAUUCGUGACAAUUUAGCGAUACGACGAAAAAAAUAAUAAGAAAUUUAACUAGCCAAAUAAUUUGCUGAAUUUUAGGUACUGUUCAAGUUCGUUAUGAGCUCGAGAAUGCUAUGUAAACAUUUAGGUACAAUUUAAGCAUAAUCAUUGAUGAAGCUCGGAGUUGAACGAUAAACAGUGAUUUAUAAACAUAAAGCACUUAUAUUUAUAGAUAAAGCACUUCGUUGCAAACAAGAGACAUUUCUCUAAUGAAUUUAAACAUUAUUCCUUUUUUGUUAUUGUAACUUAUGCAUUCUUAUCCACACCUAUUUAUACGAUUAUUACCUUUAAAAUUUUAUUACCUUUGUCACAUCGUUACAUCGUGAUUAUUUCUACUAUUUGUUGAUAAAUGUUAAACCUUAAAACAUUAAAAAAUUGAAAACAACUUAUGUAAGUUAUUCCUUGAAUUUGCAUAUUAAUUCUAUAUCUACAUUUAAAAUCGAGCAUUUGAAGUAUUGCAUAGUUACGUUUAAUUGUAUAUAAUCUACGUUUCUAUUUAUAAAUUUUCCGCCAAAUUAAUAGACUCCAGUCUUGGAUACACAGUAUAAUAUUAAACUCGUUAAAUAAUAGCGUCACAUUGUCUAAUAAAAUUGAACAAUUUUUUGUAAGGAUAAUGAGGUAACUUACUUUUUUGAUAAAGUCUAUUUCAAAGAAUUUCUAUUCAGUAGUAACUAACAAAGAGAUGCGAUGACAUGUGUACUGGAAGUUGCACAAAAAAAAUAAUGAUGUGCACAAAUAUUAAGGCGAUAAUUCUGUAAACAAUUAGUUUUUUUACAGCAAUUAUAUUAGAUGGAAGUUAUUGUUACGUACGUCUUUAUGCGAAAUAAAAGAAAAAUUAUAAAAUUUUGUUAUAAAAAUGUUCGCAUUGAUUAGAAAAAAUGUUACCUAUCUACCAAAAUGCAAAAUUAGUUCUGUUAAGCUUAUUGUAUUUUUGAUAAGAAUAUUUCUAGUUUUGUCUGAUUAGAAUGCAUCUAUUGUUUCUUGUUCAAUGGAUUUGCGAUUGUGAUUUCGAUCUGAUGUUUGAGUUCCACGGUACAUGUAGAAUGAUCAAGCUGGACUUGAUGGAAUAUACUAUUGGUAAUUUUCCAAGUACAAAAUUUUCUUGAUAAGUGUUAUAAUAUCAUAAUAAAUUUAUAUAUUUAAAUAAGUUUAUGUCAAUGUGAAUAGAUAAAUAUAUUUUGAUGUAAUUCUAAUAGAAAAUGUAUAAAGACUGAAUGCAA